AUGAAUGGCUUAAUUCACUUUGAUUUCGACUUAACAAAAAACGAAGACAUUCAUGAACACUAUACAAGACACCGCAGAGAUCUCCAUCUACCACGAGCAAAGACACACAAGGGAAAACAACGACCAACGUAUCAAGCAUCUAUAGACUUUAACAAUCUAGAACGUGAACUAAAAAACGCUACUUCAUUACAUAACUUUAAAAUACUAUUAAAAAGACGGCGUGUAUACGAGGUAUAAACCUCUCAUUCUCUUUCGUCCUCCACUAUAUGACUUCUUCACUUAUACUUAUCUUUCUCUCUCAAUCUUUAUCCGUUUUCCACUUCAAACAUAUCGCGGCCAAGUGUAACGUAUGUAUUUGUUUCGUGAGCAUUCAGAUAGAAUUUGAUGCCCUCGAAACAAAGAAGUGCGCUGUGUUUCAUUUCGAUUGGAGCGGAAAUCAGACUUUAUUAAUACUCUUAAAUAAUUAUAUUGUAAAAAUGUGUUGCUGUAAAUAGUGCAUGACUAAAUAUUGAAUUAAAUAAAUAUACUGUAAUUUAAAGUUGCAGGACCCCACUGAAAAACACUUCGGUGAUGUGGGUAUCCUGGAUAAAUAUGAAGAUAAUAAUAAUAAUAAUAAUAAUAAUAAUGUAAACACAUUUUAUUUCAUUUCAUACAAAUAUUAGUAACCAGCUCUCACUAAAGUAUUAUAGGCAACCUGGCUACAUUAUAAUAAUAAUAAUAAUAAUAAUAAUAAUAACAAAGGAAGUUUGGGACGAAACAAGGAAGGGAAGCUUCGUGUGUUUUUUUUACCAGCGAAUCACACAAGGCAGCAUUGAUGGACUUUCUAUUAAGUUUUACGAGGACCAACUUACAUGUGGAUGUGCAACUAAGCAACUAAAGCAAGGAAAUGCGUGCGUGCUUAUUAUAGCCCUGGAGAAACUCCGACUACAAAAUACUGAAGUGAUAACUAUUCUACUUGGUGUUGCACGUACAUUGGCUCGGCAGGGUUUGGCAUUCCGAGGCGAUGGCGAUGACACGGAAGGAAAUUUCCAUCAAAUUACUCGUCUUGUAAGCAGGCAUAACCCAUCUUUGAAGCACUGGCUGGAAAGAAAAGAUAUGAGGCAAUUUCAGACUGAAUUUAUUCAGUUGUUAGCUGAUGCUGUCCGUGAGGAUAUAGUAAAUGAAGUGUCGUCCAUUGCUGGCAUGUUUGGGCAUGGCUGA